AUGUCUAUAAUUAUAAAUACAUUAUCAUUGCAAAAACAUGAAAAUUUGGCAUAUCAGAUAUUAUCUAUUCUUAAUUAUAAUGAUAAAAAUGCCAAUAAUAUUUACAGUAACAAUAUAGAAAAGAUCAUUAAUGGGCUGCUGCUUGAAAGACACAAUGUAACAAAUUUAGAAUUACGUAUGAAAAUAGUUGCACCAAUGAAAGCUGGAAAAUCAACAACAAUAAAUGCAUUAAUUGGUGAUAAUAUAUUACCAACACGUGGUGAUGUAAUGAGUACAUUACCAACAGAAGUUGUAUUUAAACGUGGAAUAAAUGUACCAACAUUAACAUUAUCUGAAGAGGGUAUUGGAGCAAUAAUUAACCUUCAAGAAGAAAUUCGUAAUUAUUUAAAGAUUAAUGCUACUGAUAUUAAAUCAUUAGAAAAUAUUCUUGAUAGUCAUGCACAUUUGGUUAAAAUGGGCACAGCAAUUCGAGAUAACAAUAGUCCAGGCUUUAUUCUAUCAAUCAACAUUGUUGGUACAACACAAAUACAAGAGGCAUUAAAAAACAUUUAUUAA